AGAUUCGGGCUCGAAGUCGUGAGUCUCUGUGGUGCAACUUUCUCACUUCAGACAGCUCGCAGCGUUAGGCUGCCCGAUGUCGACCGUUCCAUGGACGUUGCAACCCGAAGGCGUGUCCGCGAGCCAUCACGAGGAGACAUCGAACGACUCUUCCACCAUCACGGACGAGGACGAGGAAAUCUUGCACCACAUCAGUCGUAUGCAGUUGCACAAUUCACGGCGUGUGGCGAAGAGGUUGCACAAGGAAGGCUACAAGACAAUGGACGAGCUCGUGGCCGCGGACUUCGCAGGCCUCGUGCGCAGUUUGGGCAUUGGCCCAGGUGAUGUGCCGAAGCUGGCGCAGGGCUUGCACCACUUCCAGAGCGGCACGUUCGACACACUCUACGCCCUUCCGUCAGAGAACAUUGUUGAGAUGUCGGAGGCCCCGACGUCCGCCGACGUCGGCGUGCAGGAGCAGCUUCGUGUCGAAGAUGCGGGUGCGCAGACAGAGACGACACAGGCAGGCCCAGGCGAAGUGCAAGGAAGGGCCAGCACGCCAGGCCAUCAGGCACAAGCCGAUCCACAGAUCGGGUGGUCCCACGACAAGGUCAUCGCUUCUCUGGGUAAAUGUGGGGUGCCGCUUGUCACCGUCAUUGCCAUGUUGGUGGGCGAGAAGAAAAAUGAUCCAGUCCGGGCUUGCUUAUUUUUUGGUUGGUUUGCAAAUGGUAGCUUGUUGCUUUCAUAUUAUUCCAUCUUCGUUGGGAUAUACCGCGUACUUUCCGCGCGCCCCUUCUCAAAAGACCUGGGCAUCGGUUGUGGGGGGGGCAUGGCAACCUUUUUGGCAUCCUGUCGCGCUGGGUGCGCCACAACGGGUGGUUGCUUCAGUUCCUCUGCACAAGUGUUGCUUCCGAACCGUUCGCAUAAAGCAAUCGGCGAUUUGCACGAGGGCGACCGCAUCCUUUCAUUCAACAAGGGGGUCUUUCGGAUCAAGCGCGUCCUACGUUGCAUCAAGUCCGCCGGGACCACUGCGAUGUGCCGGCUUCAUAUCAUCAUGCCGGGGGGAACGCAAGGAUCACUUAUCGCAACGCCAGGGCAUCCCGUCUGGGUCCAUGGCAAGGGGUGGUGCGCCGUACCAGGCAAUGGUCGUGGCAAGGAGGUUCCCUCCCCCCGCGAUGUGGAAAAGGACGACGUGCUCGUUCAUCACACGGGAGCGAUGGUCAAAGUGACCGCGAUCGAGCCUGACGCGAUCGAGGCCGAGCCUUUCAACUUAGUAGUCGAUGGUCCAGGCACGUUCUUUGUCAGCGAUAUCUUGGUGCACUCACACAUGAACAGACAUGGCCGUGUGUAUGGAAGGACGAGGCCGAAGGCCUUCGGAGGCUGCUAGCAGCUAGCGGCGGAGUCUCUCCGCAGAGGCGUCACCGCUGAUGCUGUGCCGCGCGCGAGGCGCGAGCUACGCACAUGCUUCGGGCGAUUCGCGCCACCAGCGGCCUCGGCCGCCGCGCUGCUGCACCGCUGCGCUGCCGCUGUCGGCAGCCGUCUCCUGGACGAGGCUCAUGGGGAAGAGCACCUUGCCACCUUGCAGGGCUCGUUCCGAUUCCUCCGAUCCGAUCCGAUUCGACCUCGAUGGUAUCUGAUUCCGAUUCGACUCGGCUUUGGACUCCGAUGCGGGCUCCGACUUCUCAGUGGAGGCCUACUACAACCUGCCAGUUUCCGCCGAUUCUGUUUUGCUCGACUCGGCUGUCGAUUUCUGCCGAUCCGAUUUAUUUCGAUCGCCGAUCCGAUUUAUUGAUGCGAUUAUGGUCUCUUCUGGCCGUCUCCUGGACGAGGCUCAUGGGGAACAGCCUUGCCACCUUGCCCCUAUCAGCCUUCCAGUCGGCGGCGCAAUCUUCAGGGAUGCGCAACUAGCGGUCAAUCCAGUCUCCUCUCGCCCUCCCCCUUACCCUGCUUCCCCCGCCCCCCCCUUCCUCCCUGUCCUCCUCUGCGAGGAGAGGCACGCACUCUCCCUGGUGUACAUAUGGCGAUGGGCCAUCGCCGCCCAGAGCCCGGGGAGCUGUACGCCCCCAGGUCGCCCACAGCUGACCCUCAGCUGCCGUGCGGUCGGUGUGAUUGCGGAGAUGGGAAAAACAAGUCUCGCACACGCCGGCAGGGUUGGCGGAUUUGCGCAGCUCAUCGUGGAGUGUUCAACCAUCUU